AUGCUAUCGCCCUCCCGUCACUACUAUACGGCUGCGAGACUUGGACCCUGUACCGUUGACAAGAAGCUGGACCAAUUCCACACACGCUCUCUGCGGGCAAUCAUGCGCAUACGCUGGCAGGACCGCAUUACAAACAUCGAAGUCCUAGACAGAGCUGACACCACAAGCAUUGAAGCCAAGAUACUCCAAGCCCAGCUUCGUUGGUCUGGCCACGUCAUUCGCAUGGAGGAGUCAAGAAUUCCACGGCAGGUGUUUUACAGUGAGCUAGCGUCUGGUUACCGCAAGAAGGGUCGCCCAAAGAAGAGGUACAAAGACAACCUCAAAGAACCUGCUGGCGUGCCCUCACAAGUAAUGCGGUGCAGUCCUUUGGGGGUGACCGUCGUAGUCGCCUUACGGCUGCACGUGACCGGCGUCACCGAGCUGCUUCUGCCUCUGUCCCGACAACUGGCGUCCCAUGCCCCAUCUGCAACCGCAUCUGUGCAUCGGACUUUGGUCUGCGUAGCCACAUGCGUGUCCACAAAUAAGAUGAGAUUCAACGUAUCGUCUUCCUCGGCUCGAGAGACAACCAGGAUGAUGAUGAUGAUUGUUAGAUCGCCAAAAGGCACUAGCUUGUUUAUUAAACAGUACAUUUUAAAGAUGAUCAAAAUUAUUAGAUAA